UACAUUUUGCGGCGACAAGCAGGAUAUCAAAAAUAUUUUUUUCAUAUAGCAACUGAUUGAUAGCCAUUUUGAAGAGCCUUUUGUUGGUGUUUUGUGAAUGUUUUCAAGUAAAUUUUGUAAUAAACCAUUAAUAUAAAAGUAAAUUGGCUAUUGAAAAUCAUUGCGGGCUACAAACACCAAAUCAUUACAUGUCAUCACUUUGUGUUGUUUGUUUGUGAAGUCGUAUUGUGAAAAAAAAAAGAACCGGAAAGGACUCCGUUGUAUUAGGUUUUAUUUUACUUUUAGUGAGGGGUAAAUAAGGAACUAUAAAUCAAUCAACCCUUUUGUUGUAGUUAUCUAGUGAAGUGUAACUAAACCAAAGCAUUUACGUCGCGUGUAUUCCUUCGACGUAAAUUUGGAUUGUCACAAGAUGGCCGCCAUCGGAUGCUCGUUCCGCCGAAACCCGCUUUCAAAGCGCGAUGUGUCACCCACGGGCGCCCGCUUGGCCGCCAACAUGCUCUGAGCCGGCGUCGGGCAGCGCGUUGCGCUCUCCGGCACCUUCCGGCGAGGUUCCAUUUCGUAAAAUGGAAUUUCGCUCGAGGCGCCAAAAUACGAUGGGUGUUGACAGCGCUCCAGUAUCGUACCGUUACUCCGACGGCCGAUCAAAAUAAUCGUAGACAAAGAUGAGCGAGCCGGAAGACGUCGGAAAGGAUGUGUGGAAGCGAUGGAUACUCGAGGCGAUUCGGAAAAUACGUUCACAAAAACAGCGGCCGAGCGUGGAGCGCAUCUGUCACGCGAUCAGGCAGCAUCACAACUAUCAUGAGGACGUGGUCUCCGAGCGCCUGGAGCGGGCCGUGCGUGAGGGUGCCGUGCUGAAAGUGUACAACAAGGGGCAGAGCUCGUACAAGGACCCGGGCGGGUUACAGAGCAGGACUCUUAGGAUAGCACUGGACAUCGAUGUGUCGCGAGCAGUGGCUAAAGCAGUGCGUGAGUUAGGUGAACGGGACGGUAGUGACUUAAAGACUAUAGAGAAACAUCUGCAGCAGGCAUACCAAGUGACUGUGGACCCUGAGGUUGAUGUGCGAACAGUGUUGAAGGCCGCGGCGAAGCGCGCCGUUACUAGGGGGUUGAUAACCCACCAUCAGGGAUUUUAUAAGGCUGCGGAGAGACCGAGGGCAGGGUCACAUGAACGGACUCCAAAGCAGAAAAAGAAUCAAGAAUCAGAAAAGAGCCCCGAAGGCUUGCCCAUUUGCGCCGAGUGUCUGGGCACGGAGUCUCGCAACAGUAGCGGCGACCCCGAGCCGCUCAUCAGCUGCCAGCAGUGCAAGUCGUACGCGCACCCCACGUGCCUCAACCUUCUAGACCACACCACUCAAACUACUUUAAAGGCGCUGCGCUGGUCGUGCGGCGAGUGCGCGUGGUGCUCCGUGUGCGGCAGCGCGGGCGGCUGGGCGGCGCGCUGCUCGUCGUGCUCGGGCUCCGCGCCCCGCUACGCGCACGCGCACUGCGCGCCGCCGCCGUGGCGCUGCGCCACCUGCAAGGAGAUGCCCGCUACUCCCAAGCGGUCGGGCGCUGCGGGCACGGGGACGCCGCGGGGCAAGAAGGCGCGCACGCCGCGCCGCCCCGCCUCGGACUCCGAGCCCUCCGACGGUAAUGACCCCCCCGCGCCGCUCGACCAGAGAAUGUCCAAGGAGAAACAAAAGUUUUUCAGAUUCAGCGCCUUCAACCUGCUCAAGCGGCGCCGGGACUCCUCCAGCGACUGGGAGGGCUGGGACCGCGCGCGGUUCAACGGCGUCCGCGUCACCCGCGUGCAGCGCCUCGAGUUGCGCCUGGAGCGGCGGCGGCGACGUCGAGCCUCGCCUUCAUCCGGCUCGUCGUCGCCGGAGCCGGAGCCGGGCUCCCCGGCGCACACGCCGACCAUCUUCGAGCGGCUCGCCGGCGACUGUUGCGGGGCCGCCUGGGGCUUCGCCGCCGAGGCGCAGAAGCAGCGCCAGAUCGAACAGAAACCUGUCGAGUCGAAGCGACGCUCGGAAUCACCUAGAAAACAAAAACUAGAGCCGAGGAGGAUCGCUCGACGGCGCAGCAGAUGCGGCGAGCGGUUGCUGACCACCUUAUUCGACGGCUUAUCGGAGUUUUACUCGGUGCGAUCGGAAUCUAGAUCCCAGUCGAGGCAUCGCGGGCGACCUCGAAGAGAAAAAUCCGUCCGACGCGAAUCCCUAACGGAAACCCGAGAGACCGAGCGACAGGUUUUAAAAGAGACCCGCAGUACUUUCAGAAAGCACUUAGAGACGCUCAAACGCGAGCGCAGCCCGAGCCCGUCCCCGUCCCCAGAGUGCAUAAUCCCGAAAGAGGAGUGCAACAGUAGUCUGUCGGCGUCCACGCUCGUGCGCCUGGCGGCGUCGAAGCGGGACUCCCCGGACGACAGCGAGAAGUUGUUCCGCGCGCUCGCGCAGGACCGAGCCCCGGCCAGCAAUCAGACGGAAACCAAGAAGCUCCCUCCCGGGGUGACCGCAGGCGACGCGUCGUUGUUCAGUGCAGCGCUCGCGGCCGUAGGGGCGUCAGAACCCGAGCCGGUGUUGUCGGCCGCCGCGCCGCCGCCGCGGUGCCCGUCCGCCAUCGAGUUCGGCCAGUGGGAGAUCGACACGUGGUACUCCAGCCCCUUCCCGCAGGAAUACGCCAGGCUACCAAAGCUAUUCCUAUGCGAGUUCUGUCUCAAAUACGCCAAAAGUCGGGCCGUCCUCAUGCGCCACCUCGACAAGUGCCUCUGGCGGCACCCGCCCGCCACCGAGAUCUACCGCUGCGGAGACAUCUCCGUCUUCGAGGUCGACGGCAACGCCAACAAGAUCUACUGCCAGAACCUCUGCCUACUCGCCAAACUCUUCCUAGACCACAAAACUCUCUACUACGACGUCGAACCAUUCCUCUUCUACGUAUUAACGAAAAAUGAUAACAAGGGAUGCCACCUCGUCGGGUACUUUUCGAAGGAGAAGCAUUGUCAGCAGAAGUACAAUGUGUCGUGUAUCAUGACUAUGCCGCAGUACCAGAGGCAGGGCUACGGGCGGUUUCUCAUCCAUUUUAGUUAUUUAUUAUCAAAAGAGGAAGGUCAACCUGGCACGCCAGAAAAGCCUCUAUCAGACCUCGGGCGAGUGUCGUAUCACGCUUACUGGAAGUCGGUCAUACUCGAAUUCCUACACGACCACAAAGACAAGCCGUUCACGCUCGAGGAUAUCGCCCACACGACUGGCAUGCACAUGAACGACAUAGCAGCCACUUUCCAACUUCUAGGCUUCGUCAGAUACCUACCUAACAAUGACUCCAUGAAACUAGGACUCUGCAUAGACUGGAAUAAGGUUGACAGCCACGUGAAAAAGUUAAGAAGUAGACCGCGGCUAGAAAUCGACCCGGAGUGCCUAAGGUGGACACCACUUUUAGCCCCCACUGUCAACCCCUUCAGGUCGCCCGAUGAAGGUUCCGUGGACCAAGACACUGAAAAUGAAGAAGAAAUGAAAACUGAGAGUGAAGACACUGCGACAGAGCCGGAAACACCAGUGGCUAAAGCUGAGACCAAGUCGAAAACUAAAGUUGAAAAGGAGAGGACUCCUGAGCCGGUCGAGGUCACGUCGUCCGGGCGACGGCGGACGAGACCACUCAAGUACAGCGAAACUACUUACCAGACUACUCCUACUCUCGUUCAAGAGGGCGGCAGAAAGCGGAAACGGGAUGUAAACAGAAAGUUAUCUGAGUCUAAUUUAACUGAGGACGAUAGAAAACCAGAGGAGACGACUCCGAGACAACAGAGAAGUAAAAGUGUUGCGAGGCGCUCCUCCAGAGUCGCUCAGAACGAGCUCAAUGAAGAUUCCAACCCUGCCCCAACACCUAGAAGCAGACGACAAAGCGUUAAAGAAAAAGAGACAUACGUCUCAGAAGACAGCCAGGAUAGUCAAGAAGAUACUCUGGACAGUUCAAUCACCGCAACAGCCAGUGUUAAAGCGAAAGCGAAGCGAAAACAUCCCUGGCGGGGGCGCCCUAAGAAGAGACAAAAGGUCACCAAAGCUAAUAAAGUCAGAACUGACUCCCCUGACGCUAAGAAAGCCAAAAUGGACGAGGAAACCAACUGCAAAACUGACGACGAUUCCAUGGAAGAAGAAAAACCUAAAUCGCCUGUCCAAAACCAUAAUUCUCCUAAAAGUCAAGAUAACGACAAACCCAAGGAGAAAAGCAAGAAUUCAGACAGCUCUGAGGACUCUUCUGGGGAAGCUGAUGAUGAAAUGGACGUGGAAGAGGUAGAAGACAGAAGAAGCGUGUCCAGCAAACCCGCCAGUCCUCGGCAAGUGGAAGAGAACAGCACAGAUCAUCACACCAGCGACAUGGAACUUGACAGCAUACACAUGGAUUCACCGAAAUCUAUAGCUGAGAAAGAACAAGUCAUCAAAGAAACUUCCACUGAAGACAGUGAGGAAAAUGUCAAACCCAGCGAAAAUAACGUAGAAUCGCCCGCUGUUAACACCACGGAAUCAAAACCUGAGUCACAGCAGAAAAAAUCAGAUGAACAGGCAGAAGUGAAAAAUGGUGAAAUUAAAUCGCCAAAUAAACCAUCUAUAGAAGACAAAGAUACUAUAAUCAUAUCAGAAUCGGACGAUAAUAACAGCCAAAGUUGUCCACUACCUUCGCCUAAACCCAACAACACGGUGCCGGCGCAAACUAACAAUGAAAACAAACCUAAAGAGGUUGAAGAAAACGAAAGCCCUUCCAAGGUUAUACCAGUUGUGUCUACUGAGAACGCUCACAUAGUGCUGGACCACAAGAUUCAGGAGGAAGUUAACCCAAGUAGACCACCAGUAGAUCUUAUUGUCCCUAAAAUUCAUCAAAUAGAAACUAUAGUAGUUGAAGGAGAGUCUGAUAAUGGCCCUUCACCCCAUGUCACUACGCCACCAAAACUAAAUGACAAAUCUGUUAUCAACGAGUCACCGAAACCAAAAAGAACUCCAGAAAAAGUAAACUCUGAAUGUGAACAGAGAAAGUGUGAAAUAAGAAAGGAGACAGUAAUACAACACCAGGCUAUGGACGAACUUAAAAGUCCAGAAAAAAAGUCUCCAACCAAACCAGACUCCAUCAUUCAAAAUGUGGACCUUCAAAGAGACAUUAGCAACAUGAAAUUACCUGAGAUGCCCAAACUCGAUUCAUACACAGAUCUACAAGAUAGGAAUAAAUCUCAAAACUGUGUUAGCAAAGAAAGCGAAAUCCCUUUUAGAAAUGACAUGGUCAAUCCAAGAAAAGACGAGAUGGUCAUCACGAGAAAUGUCAUAGAACCAAAUAUGAUUAACUAUCAGAAUACCGUGAGCAACUCCAUGACGAUACAGCAAAUUAAUACGGCGCAGCAUUCCUACCUCAAUCAUAGAGCCAGUGUCAGCAAGGAGUCUCAAGCUGUCCAAACUGACAAAGUCAUGAAGACCAGUGAAGCCAACAGGGUUAACAGCCUGGCGGACUCGCCUGUGAUAAGCAAACCGACCAAACUAGAAGUGCCUCAUCCCAUUACGUCCCCCGUCAUCAACCCAGUGAUACCCAAAGUUCCCAAUGUUACAGAUAUCAAUUUUUUACCUAGAUGCCAAAGUGCCAAUGCUGCUGUAAACUUGGGUUCCGAAAUGGACCCUAGUUUUGCGAACAGCAACGCUAUUCAGAAUUCCCUUGGAGGCUCUAUGAAUAUUGUCCAAUGUAGCUCACAAGAGAAAGAUUUGAAACCGAGGGAGAAAAGCAAGCUUCGAGAUGUAAGGGUUAAUUCAGCUCACAGUAAAUUGGAGAAACCGGAAAAGAAAAGCAAAAACGACACUCCAAGAAGCACGCCAGAGCCAAAAGUCGUGUUUUUUCCAGAGCAAAACGCUAACGCUCGAAAACCGGAGACGUCGGUCCCAAUAAACGUCAUCAACACCAACGCCGGCCCCGUCACGAGCAAACCAGAAACUAAGCCGGCCAACGAAGCGCCGAAGAAGCAAGAUUUUUUUAAGAAAGAGAAAACUAACACAGCCAAAUGUGACUCAAAAAACAACACGGUCAAACACGACAAGACUUGUACGCCGCAAAUUGCCUUAAAACCGGACCAAAAUGAUCUAAACAAAAUGCUUCCUAAGCUGCGGUAUGACAACGAUCUUGUUCCUAAAGACUACCCCAUGAACCAAAUCCCAAACUAUCACACAUCUCAUGCGCAAUAUCAGUGGCCGCCAUGGGACCCAGCGCGCCUGGCACAAGGCACAUGGGACCAUAACAGAUUUCUCGACAUGAAAAACAGUGACAAAAACUACUUAGACAAAUUCCAGGGAUUCAACUUGCCUCAUCUUGAGCAGAUGCAGAAAUCGCCUCAGAAGCUACACCCAAAAUAUGAUCAGAAAGAUUUCCAUAACAUCGCUUACGGUGCGAUUUCUUCUGGCAUCUACGCCACAACAGGCCUUCCGCAUUUUAAAGAAACUAAAGCACCAACUUCUAAAGCGUCCGAAUGCUCGCAGAAGAACGAUUGCAAACCUUCCAAGCAGUCAAAAACGACAACCGCCUGUCAAACACAGUGCGAACCUAAAAAAUCUCAAGCUCAAAACGAGGCGCAAAUGAAACAGAUGAUGCAGCGCCAAGUCAAACAACAAGAAGCUGUCACCAGCUGCGCUGAAUACCGACAGCAAAGUCCUCAAGUGCUAACCUCCCCUGGAUGUAAAACACCCUUUAAUAAUGGUCCUUGUAGCCAAGAGAAAGAGAUAGAAAAGAAAAGUAGACAAAAGAAGGAGGAAUCUCCUAAAGAGAGUAAAGAAGAAAUGUGCGAAGCGGUCAGUCCAGCUUUGCAAUCCAUGGGAGUGUACACACCAGAUUCAACCAGCAAUUCCGUACACUCAGUGCAGUACCCUUCUUGUGAGCUGGACGUGUCGCAACUAGGGUUAGAGUCCCCGUCGAGUAUCGGGUCGGACCUGGCGUCUCCGUGCUACAUGCACGCGACGCCGAGCCCUCAGUACCCGCACUCGGCGAUACAUAUACCCUCGAUCAUGACGCAGCCCAAUCAGCCGCCGAAACAGCAGAAGAUCAAUAACAGGAAUAGAAACACCGGUGCCAGCAGCGGAGCGGGCGCGGGCGCGACAGCUGGCGCGGGCGCGGGCGCCGCGAGCGCCAAGGCCGAGCCCAUGCGCGGCGCCGCCACGCCGCCCGCGCGCCACCGCACCACGCCGCCCCACCAGCCGCACGCCGGCGGCGGAGCUGCGGCCGGCGGUGCCGGCUACCAGGGCGGCUACCUGUCCUUCCAGCAGCAGCAGCAGUACCACGGCGGCGGCUGGGCGCCCUCCUGCUCGCUCGCCAAGCUGCAGCAGAUGGCCGAGGCGCCGCAGCACCACCACCAGCAGGUACGGGACAUACCAGUGUACGCACAGCAGGCGGGCGGCACGCAGCACUACCACAAGUACUACCCGGCGCCCAACCAGCUUGAUGCGGCAAGAACGAGGACCCAUUCUGCGCCAGCGCCUAUUCCAGGCAACCUGUCGCCGAUGCAACACAUGCAGAUGGCGCCGACGUCGCGCAUGUCGCCCAACCUGAACUCGCACAUCAUCUCGCAGUACGGCGUGGGCGUGGGGCUCGCCAACUCGUACCGCAUGCCGCCGCAGCAGCAGUUCAACAACCUGCAGAUGAUGAACGUGAACACGCCGGUGCAGUACUCGGCGCAGGACCCGCGCGCGCAGCAGCCCAACGUGUACGCGUACGGCUACAUCAACGCGCCGCCCGCGCUCGGGCUGCAGAGCCUCAACUCCACCAUGCGCCGGUAGCCCCGCCGCAAGCCCGAGCCGGAGCCCUCCUCGGUGCGCCAUUCCAGUGUUUGUGACGGACGUCUGUGACGCGACACCACCAAACCCUUAUCCUAAGUACAAAUAAGUUAGUGUAUAUAGCGUAGAUCCGCUUCGGUCGCCCGAUCCGGCUUUAGCGUGGCGAUCUCGCGCGGUAUCGUCGAAGCUGAACAGAGUACAAAAUUGCGGAUAAUUUGUAAUUUAAAUACCCUCAUUUGACCGGCGGAGAUGUAGCAUAAUUAUAUAGUGCAAUAAAACGUAUUCGCUGUUGUAUGUACCGGUUUGUGUCGACCCCGUAUUGUGAUCGUCCGAUGCGUAAUGAAUCAUAAUAAAUUAAUAUAUUCUCGAUUCCCAAAGAAAUUAGUUAAGUCUUUGGUUUUGUUGAAAAGUGCAAUUGUUUUGCGGAUCGCAUUAUCGUAUGUCUAACGGAGUAUGUAUAUUUUGUAUACAGUGUAUGUAAUGUACGCGAACACCGACCGAGCGUUCGGUCUACGACUUAAUUUAUAAUUUAAAUUUAAUCUGUUCUUCGAAGUGCCUCUUUCUCGUCCUCUGCUUAAUUUCCGUGUAAGAUAUUGUACAUGUAUUACGUUUAGUUAACACAAGGCUGUAUAUAGAUCGCGUAAGUAGUAUCACUAAGAUAGAUUAUGAUUUUCAUUUGUAAUUGUGAUACCGGUAGCAGAAUGGAUUCGUUCCGCUGGAUAGAUUGUUUGAAGCUAAUUUCACACACAGAUAGUUUCCCGAUCAUAUUAAACUGUCAUUUUGUGUAAAAUUUAAUGAAUUACGUAAUAAUUGAAUUAUUUUUUUAUGAAUUAUCUGUGCGAAUGACGAAAGUCCAAAUAUUUUUGAGAUUUUUGUUCCUAUAUUUGUAUGGUUGGAAACUAAAUUUGUAUGAAAUUACCGACACCAGUGACGAACAGGCCUAAAUGACGGUUAUCGUUUUUUUUUAUAUUUUGUAUUCUUUUACACUCGUAGGUUUUAAACGUUUUAAUUAAGAUAGUUAUGUUUCGCUUAAGGAUUAUUUCGUGUUAUCCCAGUAAUUUAUUGCCAAAUGUUAUUAACACUUAAUUUUGCGUAUCGUUUUAAGUUUUUUAGGUUAGUUGCGUUUAGUUUCUGCACGUACAUUAAAUUGUGUUAAGAGGCGCACCGCCGACCGUCAGUUGAAUUUUGCUAAAGAUCUGCCGGCUCUCGGUGCCAUCGGGACUGAUGUGAAAAUUAUCAAUAACUAACAUUUGAACGUGAAAAAUUAUCAGAAAGGAGAGCAAUCCCGAGCGUGGUUUUUCCAAAAUUUUAACCUACAGGAGUCUAAAAGGUAUUAAAACAUAAGUUAUUCCCCAACCUUAAUUAUUGUUUGCAUUUAAGCAAUUAAUAUAGAUUUAUAUACAGUUUAUUAAAGUAACUAACCACGCUGUGCUGAUGUAAAAUUUUGAAUUUUUUAAAUUGCUAAUAAUUAUAUAAUGAUGCCGAUGUGCUUGUUACUGAAUGGAAAUUAUUCGAAAAAUUGUAAUAGUUCCGAUGCUACCGAGCGGCCGUUGCUCGUUUCAGGGACAUUGUAAAACUGCGUACUGGUGAUCAACGCACACCACAGCUUUUGAAGGCACCAUGAAAGUAGCAACUAACUUAUGGAACAGCAAUGGCUUGACAAGCUAUAUCGCAUAUUCGGGCGAUAAUUAUUCCAUGCUGGGCCCUUAGGCAAGUGGUCAAUCGCUAUAGCUCCGUGGCAAAGGGUACGCAACUGUCUGUCAGUAUCAUUCGCUACGGAGUAUGAGUUAUUGACCACUUGUCAUGGGCUUUAGUUACUCAGUGAUUUGAUUAGUUUUGGCGACGAGUAUAACAAGAGAUUUGCGUUGUACCAGAAAGCAGUUUUUAGUAACAGGUAGUUUUCUCUAUGUGGACUACUUGUUACUGCGCCCCAAGGUUAUGAAUGUUAUUGUUACUAAUGUGUAGUAUUAUUGUAAAUACAAUAACAGUAAGACAUGUAGCAGGUGUUAUCACACAAAAUAUAAUUUUGUGAAAA